UUGUAAUAUAAAUAAUUUCACAGGAAAAUAAUAUAGUUCGAACCAUAAACAAUUAUGGGUAAAUAGAACCAAUGAGCAUUGAAAUCUACUUCAAUACUCAUCAAUGAUAGAACUUUUCUGUUUUGCUCGGGAUUCAUAAGAAAAAUUUGCUCUUUUAUAAUCUCAAAUGGAAAUUGGUGAUGCGUUGGAUGCUCUUCAUCUUUCUAAUCCUCAAAAAAAGAAAAGAAGAAGGCUAUCUGGUGUUCCAAAAAAAUUUACACAGACUGCUGAUGAUUCUGAUAAAUCCGUAAACAAUGAUAAGUUGGAUGCUUCCACAUCAAAUAGUGAUGUAUCAACCAAUGAUGAAAUUAACAAAGAACAAGAACCUGUUGUUCGAAGACUGACAAGAAAGAAAUCUACUCCUGUUAGAUGGACCCCAGAAAACAAUGUAACGAAAAAAAAAACUUUGGAUACAAAUAAUUCAAAAGAAAUUGAGAAGUAUUAUCUUAAUACAAAUACAGGAGCAACAUCGACAUCUUUGGAAACUAUUUUUGAGGAAGGAUCUCAACCUGAAAGUUCCAAAAAAACAAUGGGAAAUAGAAAAUUCAGAAGAUUUUUACAAUUUGAUAAGCUUACCAAAAGAAAGAUAAAAAAACGGAAAGAAAAUGUUUUGAAAUUUGGUAAUAAGAAGAAAAAGACAAUCAAAGCCACACUCAAUGAGUUACACAAAAGACUGUCAUUGCUUGAGGGAGAAGACAUUUGAGAUUUUCAUAUGAUAUUAUUUUGGCAUCAUAAAUUCUGUGAAUUUAUUUCUCAUAAAUGAAUAUAGUUUUUUAAUAUAAGCCUA